GCUGGCGGCAAUUCCCUUAUAAAUUGCCUUUGAUUUGCUACUCUUCUUCUUCCUGGUAUUGUUUUGAACUGUGUCACAGUUAACCUCUUCUCCUAAAUACUUCUAAAACCCUAAACUCUUCCUCCGCCACUGUCAAUGGAGUUCUGGGGUGUUGAAGUUAAGCCUGGUCAGGCACUCUCUGUGCAGCCUGGAGAUCAGAAGUAUCUGCAUCUAUCACAGGCGACUCUAGGUGAACUAAAGAAGGACAAAGCGAAUGAAUCCGUGACAAUUUUUGUGAAGAUUGGUGACCAGAAGCUUGUUUUGGGAAUUCUCUCUGCUGAGAAGUUCCCUCAGCUAUCAUUUGAUCUAGUGUUUGAAAAGGAAUUUGAGCUCUCCCACAACGGGAAGAGUGGAAGUAUUUACUGUUUGGGAUACCAGGCUUCUGCCGAGGACCAAGAACAUGAAGAGUAUUCUGAUUCUGAUUUUGGCUCAGAAGAUGAGGAACUUACAUUGCAGCCUGUUCAGAAUGGAAAACCUAGCCAGGAGGAGGAGAAGUCCAUUGUGGGAAAAAAUUCAAAGAAAGCAGAAGUCAAGUCUCUUGUGCCGAGCAAGGAGGAAGGGGAUGAUGACUCUGAAGAUGACGAUGACUCUGAUGAGGACGAGGAUUCUGAUGAUGACUCUGAUGAGGAGAUGCUUGGAGCUGACAGUGACUCUGACGAUGAAGAUGAUGGUACUGAAAGUGAGGAGGAGACACCAAAGAAGGUUGAAUCAGCCAAGAAGAGGCCAAACGAGUCUGCCUCGAAGACUCCUGUUUCCAAGAAGGCAAAAGUAGCUUCGGCUGAGAAGACAGGUUCGAAGAAGGGGGGCCAUACAGAUACUCCCCACCCUGCCAAGAAACCCGUGAAAACUCCUUCCAAGGCAGAAACCCCAAAAUCCGCAGGCCAGGUCUCUUGCAAAUCCUGUGACAGGUCAUUUGGUUCCGACAGUGCUCUUCAGUCGCACAGUAAAGCCAAGCAUGGUGGUAAGUGAAAGGAAGACGAAGACGAAGAGGAAGCUAGAAACAACAACAUAUUAUUAUUAUGCAGCUCCAAUAUGUAAUUCUUCUCUAGAUACAGAGGUUGCUAUCUUGGCUGAGAUUUUUGUGUGGAGUGCGUUCGGAUCAUACAACGAGAAGCUAUUGUUCGAACAAAUUGAGGGAGUUUAAUUUAGUUUUAUUAUUUAUGUACGUUUGAGUCUAUUUAUUAGUGUUUGUAGUUCACAUUUUCUCCUUAGAAUAUGUUAUCAUAGGUUGCCAUUCCAUUCUCUGUUUUAGGACGAAAACAUCAUUAUUUUGGAACCCUUAUGUUGUGUUUUUCUUCGUUUUUUCAAGCUAAUGAAAGCCGUAAUUUUUGUGCA